CUCUGCUCAACGGCUUACACCAACACAAAAAUGGGUAUCAAGGGUCUUAACAGAUUGAUCGCGGAUAACGCUCCGACCGCUAUCAGAGCAGCGGAAAUCAAAUCCUUCUUUGGUAGAAAGGUUGCGAUUCAUGCCUCGAUGUGUCUUUACCAGUUCCUUAUCGCCGUGAGACAACAGGACGGGCAACAGUUAACGAAUGAAGACGGUCAAACGACGUCGCACUUGAUGGGGAUGUUCUACCGAACAUUGCGGAUGGUCGACAAUGGGAUCAAGCCGUGCUACGUGUUUGACGGGAAGCCGCCCCUGAUGAAGGGGGGGGAGCUUGAGAAGAGAACCGCGAAGCGUGAGCACGCGUCGAAACAGAUAGAGGAGUUGAAGGAGGCAGGAACUCUCGAGGAGGUGGGCAAGUUUGAGAGACGGUUGGUAAGAGUCACCAAGGAGCAGAACGACGAGGCAAAACACCUUUUGAGCUUGAUGGGGAUUCCAUACGUGGAAGCGCCAUGUGAAGCUGAGGCUCAGUGUGCUGCGCUAGCAAAGGCCGGAAAGGUGUUUGCCGCUGCCUCUGAGGAUAUGGAUACGCUUUGCUUUGAAACCCCAUACUUGCUCCGCAACUUGACCUUUUCGGAGGCGCGCAAGUUGCCUAUCAACGAAAUCAAGUACGAGACGGUUGCGGAAGAGUUGGGCAUGGACAGAGCGAUGUUUGUGGAUUUAUGUAUCUUGUUGGGCUGCGAUUACUGCGAGACCAUCCGUGGGGUCGGCCCCGUCACCGCCUUGAAGUUGAUCAAGGAGCAUGGCUCUCUUGAGGCUAUUGUGGAGGCCAUCGAGUCUAACCCAAAGUCCAAGUACGUGGUUCCGGAAGACUGGCCGUACAAGCAAGCGAGAGAGUUAUUUUUGAACCCUGAAGUGAAAGAUGCUUCGGAGAUUGAGUUGAAGUGGAGCGAACCGAAUGAAGAGAAGUUGAUUGAGUACAUGGUUCAGCGCAACGGCUUCAGCGAAGAGCGCAUCAAGGCUGGGAUUGAAAAGUUAAAGAAGGGUUUGAAGGGCGGAGUCCAGGGAAGGUUGGAUGGUUUCUUUUCCGUGAUUCCAAAGACUAAGGAGCAGCUUGAGGCCGCUAAGAAAAAGAGAAGCGACAGUAGUGCCGCGAGUAAGAACAAGAAGGCCAAGUCGGCUGCCAAAAAGAGAAAGUAAAAGCCUACAAGUCUAUGAGUUUAGCGUAGCUAGACGAGGGGAUAUACACCGAUG